UUCAAAUUUAGAUUGUAUGUUUACAGUUGGUUUCGACAUGUAAAUAGAGUAUGAAUGAAUAGUAACAUCAGUUGUGAUUGAAAGUGAAAAGCCAAACAUGUGAGAGUGUCGGAAACGCAACUUCUGUUACCAUCAUUUUCGCACAACUGUUGAUCUCAGUUGCAUCCUGCGUUUGCCUCACUCCAACGCUUAAACAGUAUACCAAGAUGGAUGACCAAGCCUGUCCAAGAUGUAAAACAACAAAGUACCGUAAUCCUUCACUGAAACUGAUGGUUAAUGUAUGCGGGCAUGCAUUAUGUGAAAGUUGUGUGGAUCUUCUUUUCUUGAAAGGCUCAGGAUCUUGUCCAGAAUGUUUUGCACCACUUCGAAGAAGUAAUUUUCGUGUCCAGCUUUUUGAAGACCCUAUGGUGGAGAAGGAAGUGGACAUACGAAAGCGUGUGUUGAGGGAUUUUAAUAAAAAGGAAGAAGAUUUCAGUACAUUGAGGGAAUAUAAUGAUUACUUAGAAGAAGUUGAAACAAUAAUAUUCAACUUAACAAACAAUAUAGAUGUGGUAAACACAAAUAAGAGAAUUGAGCAGUACAAGAAAGAAAACCGAGAAACUAUAUUAAAGAACAAAGUAAAACUUGGAAAGGAGGAGAUGGAACUGGAAGAACUUCUGGAAGAAGAAAAGUUACAGGAGGAGCUUAGGAAGAAAGAGUUGCAGAAGAUAGAGGAGGAAGAGAAGAGGAAAAAGAUUAGGGAAAAAGAGGCUCUAAUUGAUGAACUUAUGUUCUCAGAUGCAAAUGCAAAAAAUAUUGUGGAAACAUAUGCUCAGAAUAUUCAGCAAGUUAAAGAGGAAGCAAGGCAGGCACCUGCAACCCGUGUAACACAGUUUUCAACUGGCAUCAAGUUUGGCCGACAAUCUCAGCAGGGCUUCUUGCCUAUUCCAAAGCAAGAUGAAGGGACACCAUUCACAUACACACUACCUAAAUUUGACUGUGGUGGUCCAGAACCACCAACCUGGGAAGAGAUGCAGAGGAGAGGUUGUUCGAAAUAUGUGCGCAGUGAAACACUUGCCGAGAGAGCCGGUGGAUACAAAGCGGAAUUUGCAUGUAUGCGUGCAUUGCAGGAAGGCCUUAUGGGCCUCUACUAUUCACAUUGAUACCUGUGCGUAAACCCAGUGUGUGUCAGCAACAUUCAUGUGGCUGGUAUGAGACAUACUUGCCCAUCACCACUAAUCAUUGUGCUGUACUUUUACUUCUGAGGAACUGAAACAUGACCACUACAGUUUUCAGAUCAUAGUGUCAGUCUCAGAAGUAGUAUGUGGUUUGGUAGACAGACUUCUUCCUGUGGAUAUCAUUGGGAUAGUUCCAUUAGUAAUAAGUGUUUUACUGCUGCUCAAUUAAGAUAUUUAUUUGUAAAUUUUUACCUCAUUAGUCAGUACUUUGUACAAUAUGCCCUUUAUCUUAAAUUUAUUAACUGGAAAUGGAUUUGUAAAAGCUGACAGUAAUUUUUGGUUUAUUCCAUUUUAUUUUGUUCUUUGAGACAUAUUAGCACCACUUCAACCACACUAUUGCCAAUACAGAAUGAAACCGUAUGCCAAAAAGAGUAAUGCAAUAUUAUUUUCCUUUAUUCUUCUGUUGAUGGUGUGAGAACAAUAUUUUAAGAAGUAGUGCUAAUUUUACCCAUUUGGGUGUAUGAGUUAUGAUUUUAUGUGCCUGUUCAUAGCAGAUGUUUACCAUUAUUACAGCUUUUAUACUUUACAGAAAAUAAAUCAUAAUUGAAUGUUUGGA